AUGCGAUGGGUAGAGGUCUUGAUUCAUAAACUCUAUAAGAAUGAUUCCUCAUCGAGUCUCAGAAUCUUGAAGCCAGACCGAUGGGUCAAACGACAGCAUAAUGGAUCAAAUGAAUCUCCGCAAGCUAGAUUCAUGCAGCCUCUAUGCGAUCCAGUUCCAAAUGAAGUUGAUACUAGUUCGACGCCAAUCCAAGAACAGGACAAUGCAGACAAAGAUGUCGUACUAUUUAUGCCAUACUUACAUUGGGAUGAAGAAAAGGCCUAUAUCGAAAGGAAUACUGUCAUUGAAAACCAUGGUCAAUGCAUGGAUGACGAGUGGACCAAAGAACAAAAACUACUACAUCAAUAUGUCUACGAUAAAAGCAAUCACCCCCUUCACUUAAUGCACACUAGAAGAACCUUGGAUCAAUUCUACUACCACUCGUUAAAAAGUACGAAGAAAAGGGACGGAGACCAAGCCGUCUCUCGGUAUCAAACCACCUAUUUCCCAAACAAGCCGAAGAUUAUAGCGGUGGCAGACCAACUAUGGCUCUGGGUCCUUGUAGGUCCUUCAAAGAGAGCCCAGGCAGUCAUUUCAUGCUUCCCGAGCAAACAGGCUUCGGACCUUACCACCGGUGAAUCCCGAGACCCGGCUGGAAAGACCGAAGUCUUGCAAAAAAUCAAACAUUAUCUUCCACAAGAGCCUCAAACUGUGAGGAAUCCUUAUGACCUGGUCGGAGUGAUUGCCAGCAUGUGCUCUAGAGCAUUCUUAGACUCCUCAAUUCCCCCUACAGGCUUGCGGUUUGCGGACGUAUAUGAAAGCUCUAUUAGUAACAUUAUGAAUGAAGAGGCCGAGCUCUUUGAUGAUUUCAACGCGACGUUAGACUUGCGCUCGACGGUUACGACUACGACUCGAGAAAUGUUAGAAACACUGAGAGAGUUGAAGUCUCGGACUUCUUUUAGCGAGGAUCGUACUUUCGAGCUCAAAAGAACUCUGAUGAAGUACAAUGAUGACACAAAAGCUCAGGAAAUUGCCAUGGAUAAGGAUAUUAAUGCCAUCCUCAAAUCUACAAACCCGGAAUUCGCCGAAGAGGCCGCCAGGUUCCUACAGAUGCUCAUCAUAUCCAACAUUCUUGAUAUUACUCGAGAAAUAGGACUAUUGCGCAAGAUUAAAGACAUCCAAGAUGAACUCAGCAUUAUAUCUAUGCUAAAUUUUCUUGUUGACUUAAAGCAGAAGCAGAGCAAUGUGAUGGACGCUCGAGCAACUCGCAUUCAAGCCCAAGCCUCUUACAAAAUGACAUUACAGUCUGAGAAACAGGGCAAAGUUUUGCUGAUAUUCACGGUUACCACUAUUGUCUUUCUGCCGCUGUCUUUCAUGGCAGCAUUCUUUGCUAUCAACAUCACCGAGUUCCAGCGCGACGCGGGUGGUACUCUAGGGUUAGGCUAUGUCUCAGACAUAAUGUGUGAGUUCCUCUAG